UGCAGUUGUGUGUGUGCACCGCUGGGCGAGUCUUCGCCGCGUCUGUCUCCGUAGCUCCCCAUUUUCCGAGAAAAGGAGAGGAGAAUUAGCUCAAGGAGGAGGGCCGCCGCCAUUAUUGGGAAGCUGGGGGAAAAAACACUUUCACACACACGCAAUCUCUUGUUAAAUUGAUAAGGACAUUACCAAUUUAUUGCAUGAAGCCAGUUUAGAAUAAUCCUUGUACGGUAAUUGCAGCAACCUCGACCAGUGUCCCGUGCAUGAUCGAUCCAGCAUAAUGUUGGCACAACAAUGGACAUAAUAAUUGGACAAAAGCAACGUGGUGAACCAAGGAGAAGACGGUGAAACAAGCUUUUAUUCUCCCGAGGAGAGAAAAAAAACAGGAAGAUCAUUGUUUUUACGUUAGUAGUUUUAUUAUCACAAAGACAACGAAAAUAUCAAUGGAAUUGGAAAUCAUCAAAAUAGGGAUAUAGAUUUACAAUUAAUCUGUCAAGCUAACAAUAACAACAUAUGUAUAGUUAUUUGUGUCUGUUUCGGAAUCAAACGAGCUACAUUUCUGUUUCUUGUCCAUGUAUAUCAGGCGGCGAGGGCUGCGGCAAGCGCUGGCCUGACAGAUUCAGGGAGAAUGCGAUGGCUCAUAGCUACAUUAGAAAUGACUGAGAGAAGCCUCUGCCUUUGCUACACCCCUACACUGCUGUGAUUAAACAUGAAGCACACUAGAGGAAACACCAACUAAUCUGCCACUCACAUCCAGGUGUACUCUUCUAUCGAGUCCCUGAAUAUGGCAGGAUGAGUGUCAGCAGACGAUAAUGAUGGCGAAAAAGCAGGAUGCUAAGUCACCCACAUACAACCUUAUUGUUGUGGGUUUGUCAGGGACUGAGAAAGAGAAGGGCCAGUGUGGAGUGGGUAAGUCCUGCCUGUGUAACCGCUUUGUGCGCCCCAGUGCUGAUGACUUCUAUCUGGACCACACGUCAGUGCUGAGCACCAGRGACUURGGGGGRAGAGUGGUUAACAAUGACCARUUCCUGUUCUGGGGGGAGGUGGGGCGGGUGGUGGAGGAGGGGCCGGAGUGCAYGAUGCAUGUGGUGGAGCAGACKGAGUUCAUUGAUGACCAGACGUUCCAGCCACACCGCAGCACUGCCAUGCAGCCCUAUAUCAAGAGGGCGGCCUCCACCAAGCUGGCCUCUGCAGAGAAGCUGAUGUACUUCUGCACGGACCAGCUGGGGCUGGAGCAGGACUUUGAGCAGAAGCAGAUGCCUGAGGGCAAGAUACAGGCUGACGGGUUCYUGCUCUGUYUGGACGUCAGUAGGGGGAUGAACCGCAACUUUGACGACCAGUUGAAGUUUGUCACAAARCUUUARGGUCAMCUGAGCAAAACAAAGAAGCCCAUUGUGCUGGUCUUAACCAAGUGUGAUGAGGGGGUUGAACGCUACAUCAAAGAUUCUCACACCUUUGCCAUCACUAAAAAGAGUCUUCCAGUAGUGGAGACWUCUGCACGCUCUAACAUCAAUGUUGACCUAGCRUUCKUUYCUUUGGUGCAACUCAUUGAUAAGAGCAGGGGCAAGCCCAAGAUCAUUCCUUACUUUGAGGCCCUCAAGCUCCAGAGUCAGCAGAUAGCCRUGGCUAAAGACCGAUACGAAUGGCUAGUCAACCGCYUAGUGAAGAACCACAACGAGACCUGGCUUAACACCAGCKGACGCAUGCACASRMCUUCAGAGUUCAAWGAAUACGUCUUUCUYGAGGGUACAGCYAAAUGCAAYAAGCUCUUCCAGCAGCWUGUGUACCGUCUGAAACAGGAGCACAUUGAGAGACGUCGGAAAAUCUAUCUGAGCACUCUUCCUCUAGCACUUAGCUCCCUGGUGCCUGACCUGGAUGAGAUCGACCAGCUGAGCUGGUCUGGGGUUCAGAAGGUCCUGGAGUCUAAGCAGCACUUUGCCCACUGGUUUGUAGUUCUGGAGGACUCUCCAUGGGAGGACACGUCUCACAUAGAUAACAUGGAGGAUGAGCGCAUCCCCUCAGACCUGCUGGAGACGGCCCCAGCCGAGUACAUUUUCAACGCCCACCUGGAGCACCUGAGGAAUGAGUGCAAGCGGGCCGAGAUGAGGCAGGAGUUCAAGCACAAGCUGGCCUGUUCUCCCUUUGUCACGCCAGGCAAGCCCUGGGAAGAGGCCCGCAGCUUCAUCAUGAACGAAGACUUCUACCAAUGGUUGGAGGAAUCAGAGUACCUGGACCUCUACAACCGCCACCAGAAAGAGAUAAUAGACCACGCUAAAGAGGACUUCCAGGAGCUGCUGCUGGAGUACUCUGAGCUCUUCUAUGAGCUGGAGGUGGAUGCCAAGCCCAGCAAGGAGAAGAUGGGGGCCAUCCAGGAGGUUUUAGGGGAGGAGCAGAGGUUCAAGACCCUGCAGAAGCUUCCAGCUGAGAGAGAUGCUCUGGUGUUGAAGCAUAUCCACUUUGUCUACCACCCAACCAAGGAGACCUGUCCCAGCAGCCCACAGUGUGGAGACUUCAAGAUAGAGCAGCUCCUGGCCUCACGUUUCCCAACAUGCUACCCUUUCUUCAAUGUGAAGUCCCAUUUUGGGGAUAUUAAAGCUGACCGAAUCAACCUUGUGAUAUUGGGCAAAGACGGACUGGCCAGGGAGUUUGCCAAUGAGAUCAGGACUCUCUGUACCAAUGACGACCGGUAUGUGCUGGAUGGGAAAAUGUAUGAGUUGACCCUGCGACCUAUCGAGGGAAACAUACGACUUCCUGUAAAUUCCUUUCACACUCCCACUUUCACACCCCAUGGAUGCCUGUGUCUGUACAACUCAAAAGAGUCCCUAACCUACGUCGUAGAAAGCAUUGAAAGGUUGCGGGAGUCAACAAUAGGUAGAAGGGACAGCCAUAUAGCUCAGCUUUUAACGUCUCUGCUCUUGGUUACUAAAAGGGGAGUAGGGACAUAUGCAGAUAUUGGGGGAGAAACUGCCUUAGGCCUAAUAACACAGGGACAGCAGGUAGCAAGGAGACUGCAGUGUAGCUUCCUAGACCCAGCCUCUCCUGGUGUGGGCUAUGGGCACAAUGUGAAUGACAGUCAGAUCAAUCAAGUAUUGAGGGGUCUCCUGGACUCUAGGAGGAGCUCAUCUUUUAGUAGCAGCUCCCCGCCUCUGCCCCCUAAACCUCCAGGCCCAAGAGACUCUCCUCACCAGCCCAGCCCAGAGGCAGACGUUCGCAUCGUCAUGUGCUUGAUGUGUGGAGACAACUACGACGUGGAACAGCUCCUCUCUCCCUUCCUACUGCCUCAGCACUGCAGGCCAACAUCCAAUAGUGGGACCUCAGUGAUACUGGAGCAGACAGUGGGGCCUCACAAACAGGUGAUUGAGCUCUCCCUUCUUUCCUACCACGCCUCCUUCUCCCUGAGGAAGAGCAGAUUAGUGCAUGGCUACAUCGCUGUGUACUCAGCCCGCCGCAAGGCCUCCCUGGAGACUCUAUGUGCCUUCCUGUGUGAGAUCCAGGACAUCAUCCCUGUUCAGCUGCUGGCAGUAGGGGAGAGCCAGGUGGAGCUCACAGAAAGUGAGUCUGCCAGAGAGCAGCUAGUCCAGGGAGAGGAGCUGGCCCAAGAGAUAGAGGGCAGGUUCAACAGUGUGGUGUGUGGGUCUGGAGGGGUGGUGGGCGGCCUACACAGGAUAGAGAUGUUCCAGCACUUCCUGAUGGAGGUGGUGGAGAAACGCAACAUUGUGGAGGCAACACACAUGUAUGAUAACGUGGCAGAGGCCUGCACUAACGACACUGCCUACUCCCCUCGCUGUAGCUCACCCAGCCCUGGCAACAUGUUCCUAGACUCUGAUGUGGAUGACGUGGAGCCCUCCCCACCCUACUUCGAUGGCACACUCACCUCCCAUGGUGGGGGCUUCAACCUGCCUGACCUGGACUCCAGCGAUGUCUCUGUCAUCUCUGACAUCAGCUCCUUUGAGAACAAACUCAACAGCAAGGUCCCUCCCCAGGUGAGGCCCAAGCCCACUGUGACCUUUGACUUCCGGAAGGUGGGCCGAAACCCCUACAACACAGACACCAUGGGCCACCGUCGCUCCCUGCCCUCUGCUGUGACAUGGGUACCAGGUGGGGACGGAGGUUACGACCCCUCAGACUAUGCAGAGCCCAUGGAUGCUGUGUCCAAGCCCCGGCCCAGCAACGAGGAGAUCAUCUACUCUGUGCCCCAUGACAGCACGCAGGGCAAAAUAAUCACCAUCCGCAACGCCAACAGGAUGCACUCAAAUGGGAACGGCUCGGACAGUGAGGCAGACAGCAGUUCCCUGGAGCGCUGCAGGAAGUUCUCGGCGGCGGGGGUGAAGCCCCGGCUUUACCGUGACCGCUCGAAACGCCUGGGUAAGUUCAGCAGCUUUCGCACUAGCUUCAUUGGCAGCGACGACGAGAUGGGGGCCCUGCCAAAGACCAAGGAGGAUGAGUUCGGAACCCUGAAAGGAGACAUCAUCAAUGAGGAGGGAGAGGACACCAAGAAGAGGAACAUUCUGAAGAGCCUACGGCGAACUGCCAAGAAAACCAGACCAAAGGCUCGGCCCUCUAUUCCCAAGCCCCUGGAGAGCAACUACUUCGGGGUACCCCUGGUCAAUGUGGUGUUCCCAGACAGACCUAUCCCACUUUUUAUUGACAAGUGUGUCCACUUCAUUGAGACCACAGGUCUCAACACAGAGGGGCUCUACAGGGUGAGUGGGAACAAGUGUGAGAUGGAGAGCAUGCAGAGGCAGUUUGACCAGGACCAUGGGCUGGACCUAGUGGAGAAGGACUUUGCCAUCAACACGGUGGCWGGGGCUCUGAAGGCCUUCUUCUCUGAGCUGCCGGAGCCGUUGGUGCCCUGCAUCCUGCAGGUGGAGCUGCUCGAGGCCUUCAAAAUCAACGACAGGGAACAAAGGCUGUACACCAUGAAGGAUGUGCUGAGGAAGUUCCCCAGGGAGAACUAUGACGUUUUCAGAUUUGUCAUGAGCCACUUACACAAGGUGAGCCAGCUGAGCAGACAGAACCUGAUGACCAGUGAGAAUCUGUCCAUCUGUUUCUGGCCCACUCUGAUGCGGCCAGACUUCACCACCAUGGACGCCCUGACGGCCACGCGGACCUACCAGACAAUCAUCGAGACCUUCAUCCACCAGUGUGCUUUCUUCUUCUACAACCAGCCCCUCCUGGACUCCCCCACUGGCCUGGCUGGCUUCCCUGCCUCCCCUACCACCACCCUCACCGGGGGCUCUGCCAAUUCCUGCUACCACUCCUCCCCUCCCUCCACCGCCACGCACUUCAGCCCUCUGCAGCAGUCGCCCCCCACCACCCCCCAGUCUCCCCUGCAGUCCCUCCUGACCCCCCUCCACCAACACCCCCACCAUACCCCCACCGAGCAAGAGACACUGUGAGAGACACUGAGAAGGGAACAGAUGGUGCACCCCUGAUCUGAUGCUGCUGCACCCCUGAUCUGAUGCUGCUGCACCCCUGAUCUGAUGCUGCUGCACACCUGAUCUGAUGAUGCUGCACACCUGAUCGGAUGCUGCUGCACACCUGAUCUGAUGAUGCUGGACCUUAGUCACUUACACACACACAAAAACAUACAUACUGACAGUACAUUGUUCGGUCGUUGAUAAUAACAUGUAAACAGAGAGAGGAGACGAGGAGUGUUUGACAAAUAAACUUGCCACUUGUGAACAGCG